AAUGCGUUACGUGGCCGCUUACCUCCUUGCUGCGCUCGGUGGAAACACCAGCCCCACUGCAAAGGACAUCAAGGACAUUUUGGGCAGUGUGGGAAUUGAGGCCGAUGAUGAGCGCUUGAACAAGGUUAUUGGUGAGCUGAAUGGGAAGGACAUCAAUCAAGUGGUGAACUCAGGCCUCUCCAAGUUGGCCUCUGUACCAGCAGGUGGUGCUGUAGCCGCUCCUGCAGCUGCUGCUGCUGGAGCGGCUGGAGCUGGGGCUGCACCUGCUGCAGCUGAAGAAAAAAAGGAAGAGAAGAAAGAAGAAUCAGAAGAGUCAGACGAAGAUAUGGGCUUUGGACUCUUUGAUUAAUCUGCCUUUUCUGUACACAAAAAGCAAUAAAAAAUGUAAAACGUUUACACAGAA